CUAAACUUCUCCUGAUUCCGCGGCCAUUUUCAAUCCCUUCCCUCGUCCCUGAAUCUCCUUCUUCGCCAAUGACCGUCUCUCCUUCCUAAACUCAAAUUCCCCGCCUGUCUGUCCCAAUCUCCGCAUUUCUCCCUUUCUCCUCCUCCCCUCUUCCCCUCCACUGAGGGGGCCCAAUUGGCACAUCAUGCAGUCUAUGCAGAGGCAAUUUGGCCGACUUAUGAAACGGUCGGCCGAUGACAGCCAAGUGGCAAUUCUGCUCAAGGAUUUUGAAGAAGCAGACAAGAUCUUAGGACGAAUCAUCGAUUCCACCAGCGCAUGGCGCGAUGCUUGGUCGUCUCUCUUGACGCACCAAAAUCGAAUGCUGAGCGAGUUCGAAGGCCUCUAUGCUCCUAUCCUCGGCUCAUCCGAUUCUUCUGCGCCACAGCCUGCCUUAACCCCACAGGCCACCCUGGCUCGGACCAACAAGCUCCGCGAGCACUAUGAAGACCUCCGGAAAGAUUUACUAGGGGAUCUGGCUGCCAUCGAUGAUCGCAUGAUCCGACCUGCGUCGCAGGCUAGGGAAUUUAUAAGCCCAGUUAAGAAGACCAUCAAAAAGCGAGAUGAUCGAAAGUUGGAUUUCGAGCGCUACCAAGGGCGCGUAGACAGCUAUGCCAAAAAGACGAAGCGAUCAGACCGGGAUAAUGCCGCCCUGGCCAAGGCAGAGAGUGACCUUGCCAAAGCGACCGAGGACUACCACGCAGCAGACGACCACCUGCGAAAAUGUCUACCACCUCUGAUCGCCGCUGCAUUCUCGCUACUUCCUCGUCUGCUCGCCACACAGAUUGAGAUCCAAAACACCAUGCUCGCCAACUACUAUACCGUUGUCCACAACUACUGCCAGGAGACCCAGUUCCCCUCCCCGGCUCCCCCCAUGGAGCAAGUCAUCCAAGAAUGGGAACGCGACCACCUCCCCGUCCAACAAGAAGUCGAAGCAUUCGACUGCAUCGUCAACGGCAAAACCGUGAAAAUGUCCCAAGUCCCCGAGGAUUCACGAACCUCCCGCAUCACCAGCCGUCUCCCAGCCAUCAACGGAUCCUCAUUCUCCCGUCGUCCCUCGAACUCAAACACAAACGGCGAGAACCCUCCACCCAAGCCCCCACGGCCCACUUCGCCUUCUGCUACAGCCGCAGCUACAGCGACAGCGACAGCAAUCAGCAACAAAAAGUUCCCCCCACCCCCCAAACCAUCCUACGACACCAAACCAUCCCCUGUCUUCGAAACCAAACCCCGAUUAGCCUCCUCAGCAUCCAACAACAACCUCACCAUCCCCUCCACCUACCACCUCUCCCCCCAACCAUCCUCCUCCCCAGGCACCGAAUCCUACUACUCCGCAACCGAGCACGCCCGCACCCCAUCCCCAGGCCCUUCAUCCUCCGUGGCCGCCCGCGCCGACUACUUCAGCCGCAUCCAGCCCUCAUCCACCCCAUCCAGCGCCAUCCGAGCAACUUCCCCCGGCGUGAGUGCCUUAGUCGCCGGGAAGAAGAAGCCCCCGCCGCCGCCCCCACCCCGGGCUAACUCGAACAAUGCCAUGUACGUGACGGCCCUGUAUGAUUUUGGAGGUCAAAGUGCUGGAGAUCUGGCCUUCCGGGAGGGAGAUCGUAUCCGUGUCUUGAAGAAGACGGAGAGUACGGAUGAUUGGUGGGAGGGGGAGUUGCGCGGGGUGAAGGGGAGUUUUCCGGCGAAUUAUGUGGAGUGAUUGUUUGGUGGUGAUGAUGUACAUAGCUGGGAGGAUGGGUUGUGUGGUGGUGGGUAGGGGU